CUUCGGGUGAAAGCUGUCUUCUCUGCGCCACUGGUCCGACAAAACGCUGCUGUAGCAGAGCCAGUCCGCACCGACCCGAGGCAGAGCAGACACACAGGAGAAAGCACGUACGCACACGGGAAUCAUUUUUUGUUCGACCGAGUGGCUUUGAUUUGCAUAUCCACUUCCACUCCUUCCUCAUUUGCAUACAGCAAGAAUGGCGGGCGGGCAUCCCACAGACAAAUUCAGUUUCAUGUAUCAACCAGACACGCACAAGAGUAAGAACAGGUUAGCUUCAGCUAUGAAUCCAGUCUACAGCCCCGUUCAGCCUGGCACCCCCUAUGGAAACCCUAAGAACAUGGCCUUUGCAGGCUAUCCAGGAGGGUAUCCUGCCACGGCUCCCACCUAUACACCCAACCUCUAUCAAACAGGGAGUCCUGGGUAUCCACCAGGAUAUACUUCAGCAGGCACCCCAUACAAAGUGCCUCCAACUCAGUCAAAUGGAGCGCCCCCUCCCUACACCCCGAGCCCCACCCCAUACCCAACAGCCAUGUACCCCAUCCGCAGUGCCUACCCUCAGCAGAACUUAUACGCACAGGGAGCGUACUAUACCCAGCCAGUGUAUGCGGCUCAGCCACAUGUGAUCCAUCACACCACCGUGGUGCAGCCUAACAGCAUCCCCUCCACAGCCCUCUACCCUGCCCCCGUCCCCGCUCCUCGCAACAACGGCAUGGCUGCCAUGGGGAUGGUAGCUGGGACAACCAUGGCCAUGAGUGCAGGGACCCUGCUGACAACGCCCCAGCACGCUCAGAUUGGAGGACACCCAGUUACUGUGCCAACCUACAGGCCCCAAGGGACACCUGGGUACAGCUACGUACCGCCUCACUGGUAGAGCCCACCCAUCAUAUCUGGAGUCCACCAUCGUAUGCAACUGCUCAAAUCUUACCCGGGCUCCCACUGGUAACCAUGGGAACUCGGCACCUGUCUGCAAGAACAAAACUAAAGUGCAACAGCCACUUUACUAUUAUUGUUAUUGUUAGUAUGCGACAUUCUCUAACGUUUUUACAAAAGCUGCUUUUCUUUUUUUCUUCAUUUGCCAACCAGUCAUUACCUUAUUUUGUAUGGCUUUUUUAUUUUUUAUUUUAUCUCCUCACUUUCUUUUUGAUGUGUCUGUCAUUGGAACUCCAGAAGGACUCUUGACCAAUCACGGGUGUCAGUUGCUCCUGUUUUGUGUUGUGCUGGUGUGUGUGGUCCUUCCUGCUGCUGCUGCUCAGUUGGCUGGAAAAUAUCAGGCACUUAUUCCUUAUUAUCAUCUUCUUCAGUCACUACAAAGACUUAUUGACUUAUGCUGCCAAAUUUCUAAGAACUAGAUAUCAGCACAGCGUUUUAACCAAUUAAGCAUUUUAUUUUUUGGGUUAUUUCAUUUCUUGAUAUUCUCUUUCUGAAUUACUUUUUUCUAUAGACUUUCCUUCCUACCUUUUUUUAAAAUCCGCUUUUUUUUUCAUUUUCAGUCGUCUUCCAGCGCGUAGCUGUCUGUCGGGCAGUAGUCAGUCCAUCAUCCCUGUCGUUACGUCUCCGUGUGAGUGCUAUGAGCAGAGCACUUACUGACCGUUACCCAUCCUGCUGCGUGUCCCACUGUUUCCACAUUAGCAUAGUACACACUAAGAAAACAUCACCUACUUCAUGCUACAUACUAUGCAGGCUAGUAUGUUGUGACACUUUCGAAAUCUUAACCUUAGCGUAGGUCAAUGCGUUUAGAAAAUGUAAGGAUAUUUAUAAUAACCGUGUCAACAGCGUGGGUGGUUGUGCACACUUUCUCUCACACAUACACACACACACACACACACACACACACACACACACACACACAGGGGCUCCUGUGUCUGAAAACGCAUGAUCAUUUAGUGACACUUACUGUACAAUACGUCCAGUUAAGUUGUUACUGAUCAACACACACACACACACACACACACAUGACAUGGAUUUCUACGGGUGUGCAUGACAGACAGCAGAGAAGGAGUUUAAAGGGAUUGUGUUGGCGAGAAGAGCAGGACGAGACGAGGAGAGCAGAGCAGGCAACAAGGAAGGAGGAGAUCACAUAAUCACAGUCGGUUCAUUACAUUUCAAGGUACAAGACAUUUUAAGUUUGUGCAUCUCACCUGCAAGAGAACACAGACACUCUGCUAUUUUUGCACUACAUGUAUUGUACAUUGAGUCCUCACUGCGAUUACGUCGUCUCCUCCUCCCGUCCUUCUUCCACGCGAGGACUUUGUAACCAAACACUCAAAAAUAGAACCCCGGGCUCUUGAAGAUGCAUCUAAUAUUGGACCAGUCAAAUAGAUAUGUGCUCAUCGAUGGAUAGGAUCCGAAUCCACCAGUCCAUUCCACAGUUCUGUGAGUGCUGAAAGACCAAACCAAUGACAUGGGUGGUUGUGCACCACAUUUGGGAAGAAAUUGUGUCCAAGCAGAGGGCUGUAAUGUGUACACCGGGUCCAUGUCAUAGGGAUGAUUUGUUAUUCUCUGAAUCUUUGAAUCCAAAUUUUAACUUUGUGGGUAUUACCAUGUGAUUUGCAAGAGCACCGUAGUCAUAAAAGUGCUGGUUUUAGUGUUCAUGGCUACAACAAUUUAAGAAUAUUAAGACAUUUAGCAAGAGUGCCGUAAUGACGCAGUGUCACUCGGUGACAUACCCAGUAAGUUUAAACGGGUAAGACCAGUUGGCUUUUGAGAAUUUUAGUAGUUUUUAAUGAAAAAAGGAUUAAUCCAUUUGUUUUUGUUUUUUGUUUUGUUCCAAAAUUCUGGAAAUGUACACAUAUCUGCUUUUACUGACAUUUAAACAUUAUUCUCCUUUUUUUCAGCAUAACCUUGAUAAUAUGAGCCAAUGAGACAUGGACCAUAUACAGCCAUUUUAUGUUGCUUUUUUUUAUGCUUAUACAUGUAAAGGCAUUUAUGUGCAAAGGCAGUAUAGUGACCCAUCUUAAUAAAACACUACAAACCUACCGAGUGGUGGUGGGGUUUAAUAUUUAGGUGAGGCGUGUGGCAUUUUUCAGGAUUUACACACAAAAAAAGGACUAAAAUCACAACUUCAUGAUCUGUAGAGUACAGAUUUGUAUAACAAAAAGCAUUUAUUGCGCCGGUAUGUAGAUGGAGUGGUUUGAUAUUGCAAUAAAAUAAGAGGGAAUGCCUCCAACUGUUCACUUACAGUAAUUAUUUUAUCAGCAUUUUGAAUUGAUAAAAAAAAAAAAAAAAGCUUAUUGUAAUCUCUAAAUAUGGACAACUGGCUCUGUAUGCAGCCUCCAUUCAAUAAUAAUUACAGUUACUGCUAAGAAGAUACGUAGAACAUAUCAGAAAUUUGGGUAUCGAAUAACUUUGUGAGGAAAUAUUGCACAACAUAAGAAAAAAAGAAACUUGACUAUAAUUUAAUGCUAAGUAACAGGUACCUGGGCUUUGUAGUGAAGUAGGGAGGAGCAAUUUAUAUUGUAAUUAAAAAUAAAACAAUAAGGUUGCGUGUUUGAGGUAUUCUUAGUCCAGAUGUUUGUACACUUGUAGGUUAACUCUCAAGAAAAUAUUGCAUAAUGCCGCUGUCGGAUGAAAACCAAUCUUUGAGCCUUAUUUUUAACAUGCCCCUUGGAUUUUAGAAAAAUGUCAAGUGGAUGUUAUCGGGUUAUGAAGUGUUCCCACCGCGUAAGGGUCUUGUACAUUUGAAUUCAAGCCAGUAAAAACUGAAAAGAAUACAGAAAGUGGGUUUUCUUGCGACAGCAGUAAAGUUACUCGUCAUUAGGAUUUAUUUAACCAACCACUACUUCUGUCAGUAUUUCGCAAUUAAAUCUUAUGGGGGGUUUUUUUUUUUUUUUCUUCUUUCCCUCUGGUCAAUUGAGCAUAAUGGGUAUGCAUAAUACUCAGGUGUAUUUCACUAUAGCAUUGGAGCUCGAAGUUUAAAAAAAAAAAAAAAAAAAUGCAGUAUAUUUAUACAGCAAGUGGUACAGUAAUGUAUUUCUAGCUAAGCAUGGUU